AUGAACAAGAGCGGAACCGGACAGGGCCAGUGGCCGGCUGAUGUUGGCAUUGUUGGAAUACAGAUCGUCUUCCCGUCACAGUUCGUCGAUCAGACAGAGCUGGAAGCGUUCGAUGGGGUGUCGGCCGGCAAGUAUACCGUCGGGCUGGGCCAGCAACGGAUGGGCUUCUGUUCCGACCGGGAGGACAUCAACUCCCUAUGCCUGACCGCCGUACGCAAGCUGCUCGACGAGCAGAAGAUUCCCUUGUCGCGGAUCGGCCGCCUCGAGGUCGGGACCGAGACGAUCGUGGACAAGUCGAAGAGUGUAAAGUCGGUGCUGAUGCAACUGUUCGAACCGGAAGGUGUGACCGAUCUCGAAGGGAUCGAUACGACUAACGCGUGUUACGGUGGGACGGCCGCAUUGCUGAACGCGAUCAACUGGAUUGAAUCGUCUAGCUGGGACGGCCGUUUGGCGCUGGUCGUGUGCGGUGAUAUAGCGGUGUACGCGCAGGGAUCGGCUCGCCCUACCGGGGGGGCCGGUGCGGUGGCCAUGCUCAUUGGGCCGGAUGCACCGCUACGCUUCGAGCGCGGACUGCGGGCGACCUACAUGAAACAUGCGUACGAUUUCUACAAACCCGACCUCAGCUCCGAGUAUCCCGUCGUGGACGGGAAGCUUUCGAUCCAGUGCUACCUAAGUGCCCUUGAUGCGUGCUAUCAGCUGUACCGGUCGAAGUUUGCCCAGCGCCACCCGGACAUUGUCACGCCCGUCACGCUCGACACAUUCGAUGCGGUUAUCUUCCACAGCCCGUACUGCAAGCUGGUGCAGAAGUCGUUGGCACGUAUUGGGCUGAACGAUUUCGUGCUAACGCCGCCCGAUCAGCGUGCCACGCUGUUCCCGGGCUUCGAACAGUUCGCGAACGUGCGGCUCGAGGAUACGUACUUCGAUCGGGACGUGGAGAAAGCGUUUAUGACGCAGUACGCGCCGGUGUUUGCGGCCAAAACGAAACGCUCACUGCAUCUGGCCAGCCAAGUCGGUAACAUGUACACGCCGUCCGUGUACAGCUGUCUGGUGUCGUUGCUGGUCGGUUCGGAUGUGGACGAGCUACUGGGCAAGCGGGUUGGCGUGUUUUCCUACGGUUCCGGGCUGGCAUCCUCGAUGUACUCGAUCGCGGUUACAACCGACCGGGACCGAUUGGCCGAUUUCAAACGUCAGCUUAACUACGUUCAACCGUUGCUGGAUCGUCGAACGAAGGUAGACCCGGCCGAGUUUACCAAGCUGAUGGAGGUGCGCGAGAAGAACAACCAUGCGGCACCGUACGAACCGUCCGGUUCCGUUGAUGUACUGUUCCCGGGCACCUACUACCUGAAGGCGGUCGACUCGAUGCACCGACGGACGUACGAACGUGUGCCACCGGAGCAACCUUCCUCGUGAGCCACCACCAUGACCAGAGCCGGAACGAAAGUUGAUUUCAA